UAAGAUUGAAUAAGACUGAAUGAGGUUAUAUGUAUUGUCGGUCUUUGGAAUAAUACAAUAUUAGAAGAUGAAAUUAACAACCUACUAAAAAUCUUGAAGAAUUUUUCAAAUAAGGAUGGUAAUAAAGAUGAUCCUUGUUAUCAAGAAGGUUUUAUUGAAGUUAUUUCAAGGUUUUGAUAAAGAAAAAAGAUCUGGAGUUCUAUAAUACUCGUUUUAUGUUGUUCUGUAGUUUCUGCUUGUAAUUGGAAAUGACGCCUCGACCCUUGUUGCUUGUUUUUCUUCUGCUCAUGCUUGUAAUCACAUCUCAGUUUGAAUGGAAACAACAACUCGUGGUUGAUGUUGAUUCAAGUUCCAGCAUUUCACAAAAGCAGCAACGGAUUUCGAAGGCGAUUGAAACAGUAAAAGAGAAGAUUAUUUUAGUGCAAGAGAAAAAUAUUCGAAGAUUGAACGAGGCUGUGAGGAAUCUCCAGGAACAACUGCAGCAAUGUAGAAGCAGUAAUGGUACAUCAAAUGGCACUGUAAGCCAAGUUGUAAAGCCUUUGUCCUAAUUUCUUUGAAAAGAAAUGUUAUAAAAAUCCGCUUCCCCCUGUAUACUAGGAAAUGUUAUUUUCCAAUUAAAUACAAAUCCAACAUCAAUAUAAUGGAAAUGUGAGGUGUUUGAAUGUUCAGUUAUAACCUACCAAUAACAACAGGAGCUGGCUAUUGCAUCUCUUUUCUAUUUUAAUUUUUGCUGUUAGGGUACCUGUGUCACAUUAAUUUAUAAAAUUGUGCACAUUUUAGCUUA